CGGACCAUUUGAAUACCACAUGCGUCUCGAUUCAUCUGUGUGUUUACAAUGGCGUUGGUAGUCAGAAUCGGGAAAACGCUUAGAACACACUGGAAAAAAUCUAUCUUUGGCUUUUGUGCCGUAACUUAUGGUAUUAAAUAUGCACAUGAUCGUUAUGAAGAAAUCCUACUCAGGCGACUGUACUGCGAUGAAGCAAAGAAAUAUGGUGAUGAGAAAAUAACAUUAUCAGAGAGGCCACGAAGGGUGACUGUCUUUCUCAAUCCAGCAGCUCAUGGAGGGAAAGCCACAAAGCUGUUUGAAAAAAAUGCAGCUCCUAUUUUGUACCUUGCUGGAAUUGAAGUGAAUGUUGUUAAGACAGAGUAUGAUGGUCAGGUGAAAAAGUUCCUUGGCGUGCUAGAGAGAGAUGACACAGAUGCCAUUGUUGUAGCCGGUGGAGAUGGAGCUGUCUUGGAGACUGUCACAGGAAUAAUGCGCAAAGAGGAUAAGAAUUUUUAUGGCAUCCCUAUGGGUGUUAUUCCCCUUGGCUACACCAACACAUUUGCCAGAAUUUUCUAUGGACCUGACAAGGAGACUGUUAGAAUUAUUGCGGAUGCAGCUAUGGCUGUUGUGAAAGAGGUGACGAAGAAAGUGGAUGUCUUGAAAAUUGAUGGUGGUGAGGGCAAGACCACCUUUGCAUUGUGCGGUAUGGAGAUUGGAGCAUAUAGGGAUGCUGAGGAAAGAAAAAAGAAGUACUGGUACUUUGGUCCCUUGAAGUCACGAUGGACAUACUUAUGGACAGCUGUGAAGAACUGGCCUCCAGCGUUUAAAGUGGACAUUAGCUAUGUAGAGGCUACAGAGGAUAACAUGAGGCUUCCAGAACCAGCUGUGCCAAGCAGCUCAAAAAACUGGAACUUUUUUAAUUUUCUCUUUCGACGGAACCAACAGACAACCAUUGAAGAGGUACUUAAAGAACCAGAGGAGGAGAGUGAGGAAGAAAAGAAAAUUAUGCGUUCUACAUCCACUGUUGAGCUUACUCUGCUUGUCUCCAAACAUGCUGUCAGAACAGACUGUUCCUGGCAUUGAAGUUGGAAUUGGUCCUGUGUCUCCUACACGAAAUGAGUUUAUUUCAGAAGGGUGGCGAAGAAUUAAUAGGAAAGAGCUUUGCAUAUGGGACUGACAGCAAUGAAAAGCUUCUGGUUAAGAGUGUUAGUAUUGUAUUGGAUGAAAAUAAUGAGUCAUCACCCAAAUGGUACAGCAUUGAUGGAGAGGCUUUUGAGGCUAUUCCAGUGAAGUGUCUCUUUUGAGAAAGCAGUUGAACUUUUUCACUUCGGUAUUUGAGCCCGUAACUAGCUGACAUAUUUUUUUCUUAAUGGGAUAAAAGACAAAGUUUGCGAGGAUUCAUAGUACAGAACGACUGUGAUUUUAUGCAACACGUUGACCAGUACUUAAAAGAAAGUGUGUUUGCAUGUGUGUGUUUGCCCGAGAGAAAGAGAGAAUCACUGUCAUAAUAAGAAGUUGUAUUGACACCCAAGGUCGUAGGCAGUGGCAUACUUCUUCAAUUUUCUUUAGCUGAUUAAAGACAAGUUGUCAUUGUUU